CAUAGAUGAUUAUAGAAGAUAGAGUUCAUGUUCAUCAGCAUUCAUAAGAGUAAGAAGCAGCCAUGGAAAUCAAUGGAAACAAGAAUAUCAAACUUCCAAUCUGUGUAACCGGAGCUAACGGUUUCAUCGGUACAUGGCUAAUCCAUACUCUUCUCGAACAAGGUUACGAACUCAUACACGCCUCCAUCUUCCCCGGUUCAAACGCCUCUCACCUUCUCUCCCUCCCAAAUGCCUCCGGUCGCAUCUUCAUUCACGAAGCCGAUAUCCUAGACUCAACGGCAGUCGCAAAAGUCAUCGAACAAUGCUCAGGCGGCGGCGUGUUUCACGUAGCAUCUCCUUGUUCACUCGAGGAACCGACUGAUCCGCAGAGAGAACUGUUGAUUCCCGCUGUUCAAGGAACUCUGAACAUCCUUUCCGCAGCUAAGUUGUUCGGCGUGAAACGCGUGGUUGUUACUUCCUCGAUCUCCGCUUUAGUACCGAAUCCUAAUUGGCCUAAGGAUAAAGUCUUUGACGAAUCAUCUUGGACUGAUUUAGAUUACUGCGAAUCUCGCCAGAAAUGGUAUCCUAUCUCGAAAACGAAGGCUGAGAAAGCUGCUUGGGAGUUUGCUGAGAAACAUGAAUUAGAUAUGGUAACGAUUCAUCCAUCAACAUGUCUUGGUCCGCUUUUGCAGCCUGGUUUGAAUGCUAGUUCAGCCGUUUUACAACAGCUGCUGCUUGGAACCAAAGACAGUCAGGAAUACCAUUGGCUUGGAGCUGUUCACGUUAAAGAUGUAGCGAAAGCUCAAUUGUUGUUGUUUGAAACGCCGUCUGCACAAGGAAGAUACCUAUGCACUAAUGGCAUCUAUCAGUUUGGUCACUUUGCUGAGACAGUUUCUAGAUUGUUUCCUGAGUUUCCUGUACACAGGUUCAUAGGAGAGACACAACCAGGUUUGGUGGAAUGCAAAGAUGCUGCAAAGAGAUUGAUUGAUCUAGGACUAAUCUUUACACCAAUUGAAGAUGCUGUCAGGGAAGCUGUAGAAAGCCUUAAGAACAAUGCACUUCUUUGAAGCAUGAUUAAUUAGUUAUAUUAAUCCUAAACUGCGUUGAUCUCUUUUUCCUUGCUUGUAUAAUCCACUCCAUUAAAAAAGGGAAGUUUCAAUAAACAAUGUUGAUCAUAAUGAGAAUAGAAUAUGGCAUAUGAAAGUUAGAUAAAGUAUAAUUAUUGUUUUUGAGUGUUG